GAAGAAGAAGAGGAGCCUUGCUGCUGCAAAACGCGGUUUGUUGCAAAAGAAAAACAUCCGAAACCUUGAAUUUCUGUCACCAAUUAAAGACUGAUCCAGGUCGGGUCCUGAUCUGAUCCAGGUGGGAUCCAGGUUGGAUCCAGGUCCGUUCCAGGUCCGUUCCAGGACUGAUCCAGGUCCUGAUCCAGGUCGGAUCCAGGUCCGUUCCAGGAUGGCCACUCCAACGUUACAGCAGCCCAGCUUCCUCCUGGCGAACCUGAAGGCCGACACCAGCACCAAACCUCUGCUCCAGCGCUGCCAGGAUCUGGCCAAGAUCAUAGACGAGUAUCCUGCAAAGGAGCUGCACCUGAUCUUCCCGUGGUUGGUGGAGUGCGUGUUCGGCAGCCUGGACGGCGUCAUCGCCGGCUGGAACCUGCGUCUGCUGAACUCGCGCUGCAGCGAGUUCCACGUGGCCGUGGAGUUCCUGAACCCCAGCGGCCCGAUGAUGAAGCUGGUGUACAAGCUGCAGGCGGAGGAAUACAAGUACGAGAUCCCCGUCAACUACCUGCCGGGUCCGGUGAAGGCCUGCAUCCAGGAGGGCGUCCUGCCCGACUGCCCGCUGUUCCACAACAAGCUGCAGUUCCCGCUGACGGGGAACCUGGCGCUGAGCAUCGCCCUCAAUCCCUUUGAAUUCUUCGCCUUCAACUUUGCCAACUGUCUCAUCGCACCGAAGAGCGUUCCUCCGGGCCAGCAGGGCGGCUGCACCGACACCGCCUACUUCGUCCUGGUGGACAUGUACCUGAAGUACUUCCUGCCCGGCGAGGGCAACGUCCCCUCGUCCCCCUGCUCCGACGCCAGAGGCUCCGUCACCGCGCCGUCGCCACGGUCGUCGGGCGUGUCGUUCGCCGGCUACGGCCUCCACACCCCCAGCCUGCUGAAGCACCACAUCUUCCACCAGCCGUCCGUCAACGCAGACCCGGCAGCCCAGGAGAUCUGGAGGUCGGAGACGCUGCUGCAGAUGUUCGUGGAGAUCUGGCUCCACCACUACUCCCUGGACAUGUACCAGAAGCUGCAGUCUCCCCAGCUGGCGCUGCUGCAGUACCGCCUCAGUAUGUCCAGCAUGCCGGUCCAAGCCCUCGCCCCACCAGGCUCUGGGACCCUCAGCACCUACCAAGAGCCGUUCAGCCCGUCGGAGGAGCACGUGCUGGUGGUCCGGCUGCUGGUCAAGCAUCUGCACGCCUUCUCCAACAGCCUGAAGCCGGAGCAGCUGGCGUCCUCGCCGGCGGCGCACUCGCACCCCCACGCUAGCCCGCUGGAGGAGUUCAAGAGGGUGGUGGUCCAGCGCUUCGUGCAGCAGAAACUCUUCCUGUUCCUGCAGCACUGCUUCGGUCACUGGCCGCUGGACGCUUCCUUCAGAGCGGUUCUGGAGACGUGGCUCAGCUACAUCCAGCCCUGGAGAUACACGGCUGAGAAGACCCAGCCGGACCCGGCUAGAACCGGUCCUGAGAGCUGGGAGACCUUCGUCCAGGAGAACCUGCUGGUCUACACCAAGCUGUUCCAGGGCUUCCUGAACCGGGCCGUGAGGACGGACCUGGUCAACGCCAAGAACGCCCUGAUGGUGUUCCGGGUGGCCAAGGUGUUCGCCCAGCCGGGCCUGGCCGAGCUGGUCCAGAGGGGGGAGCAGCUGUUCCUGGAGCCGGACCACGUGCUGCACCACCGCCAGCACCACCGGGCCUACCUGACGCCGGGCCCGGCCGGCACCGGAUACCUGUCGCCGCGGCAACGCGCCGUGACGGACACGGCCUUCAGGGUGAAGAGCCACGUGCUGGUUCUGGAGGGGACGGACUGCAGCUACAGACAGAUGUUCGGCAGCGAGCUGAGGGGAGCCGUGAUGCGUCUGGUCCAGAUCAUCGCUCAGGCCCGGCAGACGGCCAAGAGAAUCUCAGACCAGUCCAGCGAGGCGGCGGCCGGCGGCUCCUUCCUGACCCGGUUCUGGUUCGGCCCGCCGGACCUCGGCAACGGCUUCUCCGGCGCCGAGCCGGAGGACACGGGGGAGGUUCUGAAGAAAACCCACGAGUUCCUGGACCGGGCCCUGGAGAACCUCUGCCAGAUCUUCAAGCUCAACCAGGGCCAGCUGGCCCAGCUGGUGUCGUGUCUGGGCCCGGUUCAGGACGACGACCAGGACCUGCUGCCCGACUGCACCCAGGGGGAGGACGGCCCGGUUCUGACGGACCUGGGCCGGAGGCAGAUCGUAAACGGGCUCCGCCGGUUCCACAUCCAGUACCAGGGCGACCCGGAGCUGCAGCCCAUCAGGAGCUACGAGUGUGCGGUUCUGGUCCGGCUGCUGUACCGGGCCUCCACCGCCGUCAACCACAGGUUCGGGCCCCACUUCUCCGCCCUGUGUUCCCGUCCGGACCUGCUGGGCCGGCUGGCCCGCCGGUACCUGCUGGACCAGGAGGGGCCGGCCGGGCCGGGCCGGAGCCCUGCGACCCGGCAGACCCAGGAGUGGCGGCGCCGGCCGCGGCUCAGCCUGCGGCCGCUGGCCAGUUACCGGGUCCUGCUGGUUCUGCUGCUGGUCUACCUGGGGGGGGCGGUUCUGGCCCGGGGGCCCGGGUCCAGCUCCCUGCUGCUGCUGCUGGGGGGGGCGCUGGUUCUGGGGCUGGUGGUGCUGCUGGGGGACACGCUCAGGGCCCGCUGAGACCUGGACCUGGACCUGGACCAGGACCAGGACCAGGACGAGGCCCAGCUCAAGGCCCGCUGAGACCGGCGCCGGACCUACCAGACCUGGACCCGCUGAGACCGGGGUACCAGGGGUCCAGAACCGGUACCUGGACC